UAGAUGUGCAUUGUUUACGCCACCAUAGUGUAUAAUUUGUGAUUGUGAGUGAUAAACUGAGACUGAGACGUAUUAUCUCACCAAAACACAGUUUCUAUUGUAUAACCUACAUAUUAAUUCGACUGUUUUCUAGCCUUUCUAACAAGUUUAAAGUUUCACAAACUCAUCAUGAGUCCUAGAGUACAAACCGUUUUAGGAGAUGUCAAGCCAGAAGAUCUUGGGGUAACACUCACCCAUGAGCAUCUGGCUAUGGACUUCACCCACUUUUACCGGAAGCCUCCAAAGCACCUAGCUGACCGGUUCAAUUUUGGCAUUUCCCUGCAGACGGCGGGGUAUCUGCGUCAGUACCCUUACAGUUCCAAAUUCAACCUGGUGCUCAACGACCAAAUGUCUCGUGAUGCCGUUUUUAACGAUGUUGCCUAUUUCAAAAAUUAUGGAGGGGGUACCAUAGUCGAGAAUUCUACUGAAGGUUUAGAUAGAGACCUGGCGUUGUCUGUGGCAGUCUCCAAACAGACUGGCGUUCAUAUCGUAGCGGGGACUGGGUUCUACAUUGCCGAUUUGCAACCUGCCGACCACUUGCACAGCUCUACUGAGGAACUGUGCAACCAUAUGCUAAACGAGUUGACGGCCGGUUGCGUAGAAAAACCCGAUGUCAAGGCUGGGUUCAUGGGCGAGAUAGCCAGCGUAUGGCCCUUGAGAGAUUUCGAAAUUAAGGCUAUAAAAGCAGCUGGCACGCUGCAGCCUCACGUUGGCUGCGGUGUGAGCUUCCACCCUCACCGCGUGGCGGAGGCGCCCUUCGAGAUCGUGCGGCUGUACCUGGAAGCCGGCGGCAAGGCAGACAAGCUGGUCAUGUCCCACCUCGACCGAACAUUGUUAGAACAAGAGAAGCUUCUGGAAUUCGCGGAACUCGGCGUGUACUGUCAAUUCGACCUCUUCGGCGUGGAGGUGUCCUACUACCAACUGAAUGUGGAGACGGACAUGCCCUCGGAUGCGCAGAGAAUAGACCUCAUCAAAACCCUCGUGGAUGAGGGCAAGGAGGACCGGGUCCUCAUGUCACACGAUAUACACACUAAGCACAGACUGGUUGAUUUUGGUGGUCACGGAUAUUCUCACAUUAUCAACAACAUACUGCCGCGAAUGAAAACCAAGGGACUUUCUAAGGCCACCAUUGACAAGAUUACUAUAGAAAACCCUGCUAGAUGGUUAACCAUCGACAAAGAUUAUUAAACUCUUUUUUUGAACAUCUUAAAAUGUACUCAACGCCUUUUGAAAUAAAACCUGUAUUUUCUUAA